AUGGAGAGUGGAGAUGUUGCAGCACAUCUAGAAUCCAAAAAUGGCACCCCAAUCAAGGGGCUGAACAUUGCAUGCGUGGUAUUGACCGGUAUUGUCCUGAUCCUACGCUGUUGGUCGCGCGCUACAAGCCCGAAGACAAAGUUUGGUGCGGAUGACUGGACGGCUCUUGCGAGUUGGCCUAUUGUUGCGGCUUUCAAUCUGCUCACUGUAAAAUACACAACUAUAGGCUUUGGGCUUCAUGUGGUCGAAGUCCCGCCAGAAGACCUUGUCAAGGGUCUCAAGAUUUCAUACGCGAGUUAUCAUCUAUACGAUUUUGGCAUGACAUUAAUCCGAGUUUCUGCGAUUCCGUUCUACAUCCGAAUCUUCGAUCCCCGGAAUUCAAGAUAUCGCUAUUUUAUCUGGGCUACUUUGGGAUUCAAUCUGGCCUGGCUACUUUCCUUUGAAAUCGUGACCACAGUCCCCUGCCUACCAAUUCACUCCUUCUGGGAUCUGGAUCGAGUAAAGCCAUCUUCAUCGCCGCCUAAGUGCUUGUCGAUAAUUACGGUUCAUAUCUGGUAUGGUAUCACCAGUGUAUUGCUGGAUUUGAUGGUCUUGGUCCUGCCUGUGCACCGCCUUGUAGCAUUGCAAAUUAGCCUACUCAAGAAGAUUCGCGUCAUCUUCAUAUUCAUCAUGGGCUAUUGCGUCAUCAUUUUCACAAUCGGUAGGCUUGUAUCUAUUAUUCGAGCUGGCAAACAGCUCAACACAGAUUUUACAUGUUUGUCACAACCUCACCUAGCAAAGUGUAUGCAAGAUACACGACUGAUAUUCUCAGGGGCAUUGGUCACGCCACUUUACUGGUUUACGUGCGAGAUCUCAAUGGCAAGCGUGUGCAUAUCGCUACCGAUGAUACCCCAGCUUGUUCAACGCGCCACACAACAAGGAUUUCUGGCUCUGUUCGACGCUAGAAAAUACCCUGAUACCUCUCUGGCUUCGCGCCCGAUCAAGAACGCUAGCGCCGAAGAUGGGUUUGCUCGUCUGAAUGAUAGAGAGGUGAGGACUACAGAGCAGAUACUUCUAGGAAACAUGGAACCUUAUGAGCAUGCCAUUAGCAUUUACGUAGCAGAUAACGAGCCUGAACCAAAUAUGGCCGACUAA